AUGCGUCUGCUCGUUUUGGCGACUCUCUUCGGAGUCCUGCAGGUUCGCGCAGGAGACGCCCUUCAGAUCCAGUGUUACCAGUGUGAGGAGAUGAAACACAACGACUGCUCAACGCCCGAGUACAUUGUCAAUUGCACAGUCAACGUGCAGGACAUGUGCCAGAAGGAGGUGCUUGUCAAACCUGAUGGGAUUCAUUAUCGGAAGUCAUGUGCAUCAUCCGCAGCGUGCCUCAUCGCCUCCUCUGGCUACCAACAGUUUUGCACCGGGAGGCUGAACUCGGUCUGCAUUUCCUGCUGCAACACAGCCCUCUGCAAUGGGCCCAAGAGGAAGCGACCCGUUCCUUCAGUUGCAACGCCCAGUGCACAGAUGAACCUUAUACUUGCUCUUUUUCUGCCACUUUUUUCAUUGGCAAAGGCCGAGCACAGAUGA